AUGUCUGAUCCGGCACAAUAUGAUCCUUCAAGAUUCGGCAUCUCUACGCUUCCUCUUCAGCACGAACCAUAUGGCCCGAUACUACCGAUAGGCCUAGUCGGUGCCAAUGAGGGGAAGAUAGCUGUUGUCACUGGCGCUGGCAGAGGUAUCGGCCAGGCCAUCGCCGUUGCUUUGGCAAACACCGGGGCCAGCCUUGCGCUCCUCGACCUCAACCUCGAGCACCUACAGGAGACCAAACUCGCCUGCGAGAAAUUCCAGGGUGUGCGAGCCGAAGCCUUCAAAUGCGACAUAACCGACGUUCAGACCGUACGAGAGACAUUUGCUAAUAUCACCAAAACCCUUGGGCCAGUCGACAUUCUAGUGAACAAUGCCGGUGUUGCGUACGGAAAGUUGGCUUUCCAAGAGAGUUUUGAACUCUUCUGGAGAGCCAUCGAGAUCAAUUUCAAAGGUACUAUGCUCUGCAUAUACGAGGUGCUGCAGAGCAUGCGUGAACGGAAGUCGGGGUGCAUAAUCAAUAUGGCAUCCCGGGCGGCAACGGUCGAUAUGGCAGGUGGGCUAAGCUAUAACUCUAGCAAAGCCGCGAUUGCGCGGGCCACGUCGACACUGCAGGAGGAGUUCGAGCAAAUUGGACUCGGUGAGCAACUGCAUACGUACUGUCUGCAUCCGGGAGGAGUGUGGGGCAAGAUGGUGACCGAGAACACUACACCUGAAGUGCAACAACAGAUCAGGCCUAUCUUCAAAGAUGUGCCGGAAUUAUGCGCCAAUACGGUAGCCUACCUUGCUGCUGGACGCGCGAAGGAGUUGCGCGGACACUACUUUGAUUGCAGGCAUGAUAUUGAGCGUGUUUGCAGUUUCGGAAAGAAGACUCUUGACAAGCAGGGACUGUACAAUUUGGGUGUCAAGUUCUUGCCAGGGUACGAGAAUGAGCCAUGA